UAACCAAUAGACAAAUGGAAGUUGAACUUGUCUUGAAAAUUUUAACGGUAUCUUUCUCCUUUAUAGUCAGCACGUUGUUCUUUCUUUGUUGGAACUCGAUAAGAAGACAUAAAUAUUGGAAAGAAAAGGGACUUAUUUGUGACACGCCUCUUCCACUACUGGGAUCUCUACUGCCGCUGUUUACAAAACCUGCCCAUGAUGUGGAACUUGAAAGAUACGAAAAAUAUGGUAAACUUUACGGGCAUUACGAAGGGAAUAUCCCAGUUAUAUCAGUAGGAGAUCCAGGAUUAUUGAAGGACAUAUUGGUGAAGGAUUUCCACGCUUUUACAGGACGAAGGAACUUCGAAACUGGAAAUCCAAUUGUAGAUAAAAUGGUUUCCCUUUUGAAAGGUGAAGAUUGGAAGCGCAUUCGGACUAUUAUCUCCCCCACUUUUUCUACUGGGAAAAUUAAAAAGAUGGUAGAUAUUUUCAAGGAUUGCUCGAAGACCUGUGUGAAUAACUUUAAAGAGUUAGCAAAAGACGGGGCGUCUGUCGACGUUAAAAAAUUUUACAGUGCUUUUGCAAUGGACGUUAUUUCAAGCUCGGCUUUCUCCAUCAAACUUGACUCCCACAACGAUCCGGAAAACAAAUUUGUGAAAGCAGCACGAGAUGUUCUGACUACAAAACUCAGCUGGAGAAUCGUGAUUUUUCUUAUGUUGCCGCAGUUGAUGAGAUUUUUCAAGAUAUGUCUUUUCCCACCCAGUGGAAUUAAAUUUUUUAGAGAUGCUUCUCUGGAAAUGAUCAAGGAAAGAAAGCAGACAGGAAAGACUAAAAAUGAUCUUUUGCAACUCUUGAUGGAUACUUCAAAAGAAGUUCAAGAGCAAGAAGAAAAUCCAGCCAACGAGAGCUUGACUGCUAAUUAUGCAAAAGAAGGGGGAAAUGUUACAGCGUUUAGGAAUGUUAGUAAAAAAGCUCUUUCUCACGACGAACUCGUUGCGCAGUGCAUUAUUUUCUUUCUUGCUGGAUACGACACCACAGCGUCAACUAUUUCUUUUGUUACCUAUUUGUUGGCUCUCAAUUCGGAUGUACAGGAGAAACUAAUUGCUGAGAUAGACGAAGUACUCAAAAACACUCACGGAGAAAUUACGUAUGAAGCCAUCCAGGAUAUGAGAUAUUUGGACAACGUUAUUUCCGAGACCUUGCGUCUGUACUCACCAGUAAUAAGGUUUGAAAGAUUGGCAACUGAAGAUUACCUUUUAGGAGACACGGGAAUAACCAUUCCAAAGGACAUGACUGUAAUAAUUCCUAUUUAUGCUAUGCACAGAGAUCCCGCAGUUUUUCCUAAUCCAGAAAAAUUUGAUCCCGAAAGAUUCAGUUCUGAGGAGCGAGCAAAGCGGAGUCAGUAUUCCUAUAUGCCUUUUGGAGCAGGUCCUAGAUAUUGUAUAGGCAUGCGAUUUGCACUCAUUCAAAUUAAAGUUUGCCUUGCUCACAUUCUCAGCAACUUUAGAAUCAAAAAAUGUCCUCAAACGCAGGUUCCUUUGGAGUUUUAUAUUGGUCAACAGCUUCUUCAACCUAAGAAUAUUAUUGUUGAAAUGGAAAUCAGAAAAUGACUGAGGCAGUAGUCAACUUAAAUGCAUUUAAUUUUACAGAACAGAAGUUGCCCACUGGAUAGUAACAUCUGUGAAUAAGUCCUCGCAUUUAAACAUUAAUUUUCUAUCCCACUUCAAAAUAAUAAUUAUUUUGUCAGAUAUUUUGUAAAUAAUUUGUUUUAAAAUUAUAGUCUUUUCCUCUAUGUAUAGCAUUAUGUUUUUGUUUGGUACAGCGAGAACAAAACAAAAAAGGGAAGAGGAAAAGAAAAUGCGCUGUUCGGCUUCACGGCUGAUUAUCAUUUUUUCUCUAUUCGCAACUCCAACGAACUAUAGGGGGCACUGCAGUCACUGUCUAAUGGCCGACUUAAAAACUAAAACAAACGCAUGUGGUAACGAAGAAAAUGCUAAAAGUGUUGUGAUUUUUGUUGUUAUGUAUGAUUUUUUCGCUUUAUUCAUUUGAAAAGAUUUUUCAAAGUCUUUUGGUUAUUCUGACCCAUAUAGAAAGAGAUUAGAAACCAAAAAGUAUUACGAAAGUAAACAAUUAAUGCAGAACACACAGUAAGUUGUUCUGAAGCAGCCAUUUUCACGAUGUUGAAUUCGGAAUUCAUAAAUUUUUGGUUCGCUUCGAACGGCAUUUUCAUUUUGUACCGUUUUUUCUAUACAUUAGUACAUAUUAAGUUCAGUUUCGUGACAUUUCCGGCAUUUGUUGACAUUUUUGUCACAUAGUGCACAUACGUGGCAGACUGUCAAGAGUAACGUUUAACACUAGAUAAUUUAUUUCGAUGACUACUAUAUGAUUGGAUAUCCAAAGAAAUCAUGCAUUUAAUUCAUUCGUCAUGGAAAUGAUUUACCUGAUAUGCGAAAUCUUGUCAAGAUACAUUAUUUUUUCACACAAUUUUAAAACCAUAACCCUAUAAACAGAUCUUUGGCGAACUUUUAUUUUUUAUUGUUCAAAUUCUUAAACGUUCUUUCUGGAUUUUUCAAUCUAUUCUGCGAUAAAUAUUUUCGAGAAAAUUUAUUUGCAUACUGUCUAUUUCAGUAGGAUACUGUAGGGUAAAGGUUAUUUAAAUCAUUUAUGUGGAAUUAGGUUAAGGAAAAGUGCCCAGUCAAUGUUGUUAAGUUCGUUUUCUUUUUCAUCGAAUUGAAAAACUGAUAUUUAUUCAAAUUCACUCAGAACAAAAUAAAUAAAAUGUGUACUCACAGUUUAUAUAUGGUGGUAGUUUUCUUUUCAGUUGAUUGACCAUUAUUUCUUUUUACUUAUCGAAUUCUGUAAUCUUACUAUCAUUUUAUUCCACUCAUGAUAAAAAUUAAAAAUGGUUUAACUAAAAACGCGAAAUCUCGCCAAGGCUACUUUGCUCGCACAAUACUAAAACUACAACCCUAAA